AUGUCAGACCUUGACCUCCCUGACUCCAAGGAAUUCAACGAAGUUUAUUUCACCAAGUUCGGGCCUAACAACGGAAAGAAAUGUCUCACGGAACUCAACAAUGAAACUUCCCUCUACGCCUUAACCAGUUCUACUAGUAAUUUCAAACCCAAAAUUCCCGAAAUCUACUACAGUGAUUAUGAAUUUUUCGGCGUCAUGAUUGAUACUGGUGCUGCCAAGAAAUCCACUAUCAGACACAGUCAAUUCUUGGCCUUUCAGAAGAUCAGCAACAUUCAACUCGACACUACAACUGCCGGAGCUACGAAAGUUCAAUUUGGCACAGGGAACACAACUUUAACAGGCUCCGUGGCUGUUAACGCUCCAUUUGGCUCAGUUGAAUUCCAUGUUCUUAAUGCUGACACACCCUUUCUAUUCAGUAUCACUGACGUGGAUCUUCAUGGCGCCUACUUGGAUAAUAUUGACAACGUACUCGUCUCCCCAACUCGUAGAUUCCCUGUGACUUGUCGAUCUGGACACCCGUUUCUCCUCUGGAAAACACGCCUACCUUCAACGACUUACGAACUCGACCAAGAUUGCUUUCUUACAUAUACUGAGCUACACCGACUCCAUCACCGCUUUGAGCCGGCAAAGUCGAAUUCUUCACCUUCCAGUGGUGCCGGUGUAAUCGCUCAGUAUGCUCUGCAUAUCUGGGAUAGCCAAGAAGAAUCGCAUCCUUCGCAACGGUAG